AUGUCCAGCAAGCAGUGGGACUAUGUGGCGCCUUUUGUUGCUCAAUCAGAUCUGUGGAAAGUCAACCAGCCCGUCAAGCAGCCUUUGCUCUUGUACCAGGUCUUGGUCACAAAGAGGAAGUCGGAAGACUCCUGGGAACUGACAAGCUGGCGAGGAACGACCAUUCGACCUUGCCCGGACGACAUAGCGGAACAGCUGCUGACGGCUUUGGCCGGAGACGCAGAUUGCAGGAUGUUGACGGAGAUCCCGGUCAAGGAUUGGGUGAAUUGCCCAGCAGUGCCGACAACCCUCAGCAGCUUGAUUGGUACCGCCGUGCCCGGUCAACUCCGCAAAGUUGAGACGGCCUUCGAAGUGUCAGAUUUGCAAAUGGUGGGCAUCUCGUCUGUCAAGAGUGACAGUGAUGAAUGGCUCAUUGCGUCCUGCAAACGUUGCAAGAGGGCAGCUCCUUGUCAAAAGCAUCCGGGAGAUGAAACCGAGAAUCGCUUGGCAGUGCGCCUGACAGUGGCAGACGGCAACAGCCAGACCAGAGUGAUGCUCUAUCAUGACAUGUUGCUCCGGACAGCUGCCAACAUGAUGACCGCUUUGCCCGAUGACAUGUGGUUGACAACAAAGAGCUGCGUUCAAGCCUGCGAGAUAUGUUCCGCGGCGCGCAGUGGUUGUCUGGACUUGCCCAGCGCGGACCUGGUUUUGCCUCGGUGCCGUCUGAGUGAUGGCUGUCCCGUGACCCCCUUGCAGCAGGCAGUGGUGGACUCGCAGCUUGGGUUGAUCUUGAUCGGCGGCAAAGCGGAUGCUACGUUCAUUCGCGGCUUGGUCCGCUUCAAUGCGAUCAAGUUGCCAGACGAAGAGGCUUUGCAACAAGACCAGUCCGCUACAUCCGCCAUGCGGGUGAAAAGAUCCUUCGACUGUGUGCUCUCGCCACAAAAGCCAAUGACCCAGGUGAAACUGCGAGCCGCUGGACCUUCAUCGGCUGUGAACUGGAUGCUGCAAGGUCGGGCAGGAGAAGCGCAUCAGGUCGUCUUGUCACAGACCGCGAUGUGCCUGGUGAAUGGCUUGUGGCAGGUUCCUGUUCCUCAGGAGGCUGUGGACGCUGUCGCCACAUACUUCGCCCGACUGGCCGCGUCCGAGCUGACAACGGACGACAAGGCGGUCGCCUUUGACAGCACCUGGACGCCUGUGAAAAGGUUUCACCACCUGAGGCCAUGCCACAAGCAGCGCGUGACCUGGGCCGGAACCUUGCCGCAGUUGACUGAGGGCUCCACUGCCACGCAGGAGGAUGAGAGUCUUCGCGAUGCGCAAGCUCGAUGGUCGGAGGCCGCGGGAUUGCACAGAUUGCGGACUGCGUCCGCCAAAUUCUUGUCGCCAUGUGGCUCAGUGACUAGACACAGCGGAUUGGAGCUGUUUCGCACGGACCUGAUGCUACUUGCUGCGAAACCAUCCUGUUCUUCAGGGGCUUCUUCUUCGGGGUCUGCUUCGGGAACAAGUACACCAUCUACUCCAACUAGAAUUGAGCGGGUUGGCAAGUAUGAGAUGGGGUCAUUAGCAAAGAGUUGGGACAAUGAAGAGUGUACUCGUGAUCGGAUCCGUGAGAAGAAACCCUUGCUCCUUCAUGUGGACCCAGCAUCGGGUGAUCUUGUGGAACAACAUGUGGAGGGAAGUGUUGCCAAUGUCAAGGCCAACCUCCAAGCUCUUAUUCCCCUUGCAGAUAUUAUGGCCAAGAACAGCUUGUUAAUGCCGAAUAUUGACAGGCUUAUCCAGGUCAUCGAUCGCUUGUACCAGAUUAGCAAACUCCCCAGAUCUCUGGAACAUUGCUAUCAAAUGGCAUGGGCAUUCCGUCGACUUUUGGGGACCGGGAAGAGUUUCUGCUACAAACCCACCCCACCUGAGGAUCCAGAGAUUCGAGUCCUCAUGCAGCACUUUGGUUUCAACUUGGAGGACAACAGUUGGUCAGCAUGGGUCCAAAUUCCGGACCCCCGCGGGUCGCAGUAUCUGUGGAUGAGUCCAGGGGUUCACUUUGGUUCCGGAGAAGGUUCCGCAGAACGUCUGGGAGGCUUUGUUGCGGGGGUCCGCUUUUUGAGCUUUUCGGGGCUGAAAGGUCCAAAUUCCGGACCCUGGGGCGUAGUAUUUGUGGACGAGUCCGGGUUCACUCUGGUUCCGGAGAAGGUUCCGCAGAAGGUCAGCCACCGAGGCUGUGUCUAUGUCAGCUCUCUCUGUUGCUUCCUUGUUUGCGUGCCUGUUGCCUUCGGGUUCACUCUGGUUCCGGAGAAGGACUGGCAGCCCAUUAAGAAGCAACCACCGGUGGGCCAAUCCAGUGAAUCUUUGGGAGCACCUCCACCAAGCGAGGCACCGCCACUCCCAGCCCCUUCGGUUGAGCCCCCUGCUUCUAGGCCAGCAGUUGAGGAAUCUCAGCUCCUGGGCAUGCCACCCCAUUCCCAAGUGCUAGAGUUCGACCAGACUCCGGAACGGGAUAUGGAAGAAGUCUUUGCAAAGGUGACACAGAAAGGAUCUGCGAUGCUUGUGGUGGAUUCAUUGCCCUUUGGGCAUGAUUACGACCAAACCCUUUUGCCGUGCAGCCCUGGGUCCAUGAUGGCUACUGAUGUUGCUGCAAAGACUGUGCUAGAGGUUCAUGUUCGUGAAAACGUUGUGGCUCUGCUCUCAGCAGUCUUUGGGAACCUGAGCAGCGCUGAGCCCCUUUGGCCCCUGUCACCAGCAACCCUACGAAAGAGAUUCAGUCUUCUUCAAGCGUCACUUGGCCUGGGUCUCCAGACAAAGCCUGGUGGGAUGCUAUGGAGGCAGCCGCAGAACAAGAUGACAAGGACCAACCAAUAUUUGUUCAAGUCAACGGUCCAAUGGUUGUCUCAACUCUACACUACCCUGCAGGCGGAGCAUGCAAACAAGCCUGAGGAUUGUGAGCUGGGGCAGCAAGGCGAUCAGGAGGUCAUCACACGCAGAAUGCAGUUUAGAAUGAAGAAAAAUAAGAAGGAGCAGAGACAGAAAAAGAAGGAACAAAAGGCACUUCAGAAAGUGGAAAAGGAAAAGGCGAAGGAGGAAAAAAAGAAAGCUCGUGAACAGAAGAAACAAGAGAAAGCCAUGAAAGACAGCCAAAAGAAAAAGAGGGUCGGAAAAAAAAAACAGGAUGAACAGGAGCCUAAGAAGGAGAAGAAGUCAAGGGGAAAGAAACGACCACAUGAGGAGGAUGUGAUGGACAAUGUCCAGGAUGAGUCAGGAAAUAGCAAGCCUGAGGAACAAGGCCACGAGCCUGUGGUAAAGGAAAAGGAGAAUGUCGAGGAGCAUGGGGACUGUGGCAAGGAUGUGGGCUGCAGUGAGGCCGAAGCAAAGCAUGAAGCACAGCAUGCAAGCCCGACACGAAAGCAUGUGAAGCAUGCCAAGCUUGUGAAGUUGCGUCGCAUGAAGUCCAAGGCCAAGGUGUUAUCUCCAGCAGAUUUUGCAACCUGUGGCAGCAGGAAGCGCAAGAUCAACACAAAGCAUGUGGUUUCCCAGAAAUCUGGGGCAUCGGGGGCAUCCACUGUUGCACCCAAGAGCACCAAGAAAUGCAGGUCUCGAAAGGGAAAGGCAAAGUCCCCUGUGAAGGGCCAACCUGCAAAGAAAAGCAAGCCGAGCAAGUCCAAACCCUGCAAGCCAUGCCCCAAGAUCGUCGCCCUUGUUAACGGGAUCUUGUCCCAAUGCAAGGACAGUGAGUGCACACACCCAACAUGGAGUGCCCCAAAAUUUGACCCGAAGAUGUUCUCAAUCAGUGUCUACUGGACCAGGCAUGCUGUAGGUGUCAAAGUGGCAAAGUCAUUCCUAUCGGGGAAAAGCUGCAAGGGCAAGUGCAAAGGCAAAGGCAAAUUUUCCCAAGUGGCUUACUUUGGAUCCCCGACCCCUUGCAUCUACAGCAACCUAGCUGUGGCACAUGAGUUUGUCCAAGCCUUGUCGCAGCAGAAGCCUUUGGACCCAAAGAAUGCCGAGAUGAAGGAGUUCCACCUGUUGCUGAAGACGUCGCACGAUCAUGCUGUGAGUUUGAUGGGUCCUAUUGGUGAAAGCUAA